AUGGGGGUUUAUUGAAAUAUAUAAAAAAUUUCAAUCUAGUAUUAAUAUUCUUAAUUUCUUCAAUCAAUAUAAACUUUUUACAAAUUUUAAUUUCUCCUUUAAAGCUAAUCAACAAGUCUAAAUACGAUGACGUCAUAGCAUACUCAAAAUCAGCUUUUUCGAAGUUAUUAAUCUUAGUUAAUAAUAGUAGUACAAUUAGGUUGUAUAAUUAUAAAUCUAUCAAUAAGAAGUCCAUCAUAAUUUCAAAUCAUCAAUUAUACACUGAUUGGUUGUAUCUAUGGUGUCUUUUAUAUAAAUUGAAUAUAAAUCACGAUAAAUUAGUAAUUAUACUUAAAAAUUCUCUAAAGCAUAUACCUAUCCUUGGAUGGGGUAUGCAAUUUUUCAACUUUAUCUUUUUGAAAAGGAAUUGGUCAAAAGAUGAGACAACUUUAAAUAAUCAGUUAGGUAGUAUAUCUGAUGAUAACUUUACAUUAUUAUUAUUCCCUGAAGGUACAACGUUAUCAAAUGAAUCACGUCCGAGAUCGAUAAGGUAUACAGAGAAGAUUGGUGUUAAAGAUUUUGACCAUCUUCUAUACCCACGGGUGACAGGGCUGUUAGCAUCAAUCAGAGCCUUAAAGCAUAACAGUUUAGUGGACAUAAUAGAUACAACUAUAGCUUAUCCAAAUAUACCCAAAGAUAUCUACGGACAGGAUUAUUAUUCACUUAGAUCAAUAUUCUUCAAUGGUAAAUUUCCAGAUAUUAUUCAUAUGCACAUGAAUAGUUAUAGUUUAGAAGAUAUUCCAAUAGACAAUGAUGAAAAUUUUACUAAAUGGUUACUAUCAAGAUGGCAAGAAAAGGAGAAGAGGUUGGAAUUAUUUGAAAGGUCAAACGCAUUAGAUGAAGCGGAUGAUUAUGAGGAUAUACCAAUAACAUUCAACAAGCCACUAAUGCACACACUCGAUGCUUUCGUAUGGUUCGUACCGAUGAUUAUAACUUGGUUAAUUUACAAAACCAUUGUAAACUUACUUUAAGAAUUGGCCAGCCAAUGAUGACAAACCGC